AUGACUCUUCCCGCACAAGACACGUUCAUUGUCUCUUCAAACCCGCAAUCGGGGUCCACGUUGACGGCUGGUGGAAACUGGAAUAGGAAUUUCUCCCAGGAUGAACCUCACAAAGUUCUGAUCACUUCUAAAGAUUCCACGCUUCGAAUACUCGACGGAAUCGAUGUUGUCCGUAAAUUUAAAGGACUCCCCAAGUCCGGAAGUCAGAUGUCUGCAUCUUUUACGUCGACUGGGAGACAUAUAAUCUCCGUCGGAGAAGACUGUAGUCUUUAUGUCUGGAACAACAACGCGACGUGCCCCCGAACAUCCAGACAUACGAAAUCCGUAUCUUCUUGUGAGCACUUUUUCUGCAAAGACGUGUCCAUUGCAAUACCUUGGUUAGGCCAGGGUUCGGAUCGGAGGCAUUCAGAUCGGUAUCCAAUAGAGGGUGCUUCUCGGAUCAGAGGCUCACAACGAUUCUCGCUCAGCAACUGGUUCUCCAUCGACGGCUCCUUGAAGAGUACGGCAACAUGGCCCGAAGAAAAGCUUUCGUUGUGGGAUGCAACCUAUGCCAAAGAUGAGUUGUAUACAUAUGAACACCAGCAACUCUGUCAUGACAACAGAGAAUACCGCGCAGCCCUACCGGAAACGUGGGGGCUCGUGAUCGUUGCAGGCAGUCGGAACGGAACGAUCACAACUUGCCAGAACUAUGGAAUGCCGGUUACUCUAUAGGACCUCAUGGUAGACCUCAUUUAACUUAUUUGUAAAUUUUUCCA